UUAGUUUCGGCGCUCGAUUCACCCUGCCUAGGCGCCUUGACAACGGGCAGCCUCAGCCGAUUGCCGAGCCAUCGUCCCCUCUAAGCGUGCGCUGCCAUGGCGCGACCGAGAGCCGAGGCUCUUCCAGAGGAGCGGCGCCCGUUGCCUCCGGAGCCGCCUGCCGAAGUCGUGGCCGCCCGGUUGCGUGCCGUGGCGAGGUUCCUGCGCCGGGUGCUGCCGCUGUGCCGGGCCCACACGGUGGAGUUUUACACGCGGGGCCUGUGGGAGAAGAUGGUGGCGCUGCCUCCGGAGACGGUGCUGGAGGCGCUGAGCGGAGAGAGGCUCCGGAGGCUCCUGGAAGCGCCGCCGGCAGAGAGGCCUUUGGAGGAGGACGCCGGUGAGUUUUACAAUAUUUUUUGUGAAAAUUCUCAGAGGCUGGUCAAUGUGCAAGCUUUUGCUUUAGCUGCGAAAUAUUACUCUGUGCCAAACCUUGGAGUGUGCAUCCCAUUGGAACAGAUGCUUGAAAUUCUGAACAGGAAACAGCAGUCAAAAUCUAAUGCACAGAUGAAAACAGAUGAUUUUAUGAAUAAUAAGAAGUCGCAUGAAGUGCAGCUGAUGUCAGAGUUAGUUGAUGGCAUAGCAAAAUAUUGUGGCUUAAGCCAGGUUAUUGACCUGGGCUCUGGUAAAGGCUACCUGAGCUCCUUCUUGUCACUACAGUAUAAUCUGAAGGUUUAUGGAAUUGAUUCAUCAAAUACAAACACCCAUGGAGCUAAUGAAAGAAACAGGAAAUUGAAGAAACACUGGAGAGCCUAUCAAAGAAGGGCAAGAGCAAAUGUCAGAGGCCAAGUAUUGGAAGAGGCAAAGGAAAGGCCAGAGCAAGAUAAAGAGGAAUGUAAAGCAAAUAUCAGUGAAAAUCUCUUAAGUACUAAUAACAGUCUUCAAAGUCAGGCCCAGGUGGCUGCUCCAGAUUCCACUCUUCUUCAAACAACUGAUGUUUUCACAGACUCUGAUAUGUGUAUUACCAACAAACAAUAUGAACUUCACUCUGGGGCUCAGCUGCAGUCUGAUGAGAACAACAUUCCAGAAAAUGUAUUUCUUAAUAUUUUGCCUUCUGAUGCUGUAGAAACUGACUGUUCACCCAGAAGUAAUUGCAGAGAGCUCUGUGAAGAGGAGAAAGAACGAAGAAAGAUGGCUUCCCUUAAAGCGAAAGCAAGCAGGUCAAAAGAAGCCAACGUAUAUUCUACAUUAACUUCAUACAUCACAGCAGAAACAGAACUACGAGAUAUUGUUGAAGAUCUGGAGGACUGUAUGCUUGUGGGCCUUCAUACUUGUGGUGAUCUUGCUUCGAGCACCCUACGACUUUUUAAUGCUAAGUCUGAAAUCAAGGCAGUUUGCAGUGUAGGUUGCUGCUACCAUCUGCUAUCAGAAGAGCAUGAAAUUCAGAAAGAUGAUACUCAGGGAACGUGGGGUUUCCCCAUGAGCCAAUAUUUAAAAGAAGAGGGAUGGUUCUGUGGUCGCAAUGCCAGAAUGGCAGCCUGCUUGGCUUUGGAGCGAGUUGCAGUUGGACAAGUGCUACCUACAGAAUCAUUGUUUUAUCGAGCUGUACUACAGGUUAUUGUAGAAGAAGAGUAUGGAGUCAAAAGAAGUGAUCGCAAUAUUGGGAAAGUGUAUUCCAAAACAUCUUCCUUCUUGGAUUAUGUUAGGAAAUCUUUAAAAAAGCUUGAACUUGACGAGUCAAAGAUUUCAGACAGCCGUAUAAUGGAGUACUUUGAAAAAUACAAGCACAGAAUGAAUGAGAUGGAAGCUUUUAAUAUGCUAAAAGUUGUCCUGGGACCUUGCAUAGAAGUACUGAUCCUUCUAGAUCGUCUCUGCUAUCUUCAAGAACAGGACAACAUUGCGUGGUCUGGACUGGUAAAGUUAUUUGAUCCCAUAAAAUCCCCCAGAUGCUAUGCAGUUGUGGCUCUGAAGAAACAGGCAUUUCACAUGCAAGGAAAUUGCUAAAUUGAUCCAGACCUGGAAGCUAGUCUUGCUGUUGGACUUUAAGAUCAGUUUGUUUUCUACAGUUGUUCUAAAAUUAUUUAAAAUUCUGUUGAUUGAUAUUUUUAAAUGGUUUGAUGUGUUUAUAAUUCAUGGCAAAUUUGGCAAAUGAAUCAGAAAAAUAAAAUUUACUCUAUGUUUUGUA